AUGUUGGUUGUACUCGAUCGUAUACAUAAGAAAUGCCCUGAUAUAACCUAUAUAUAUGAUUUGCCAUUAAAAUCUGUUGAAAAUCGUCCGUUACGAGUUAUUGUUUUUUCUGAUCAUCCAAAAGAUCAUGAAUUACUCGAACCAGAAUUUAAAUAUGUUGGAAAUAUGCAUGGAAAUGAAGUUGUUGGUCGAGAAUUAUUAUUAAGAUUAGCUGAAUAUCUUUGUCAAGAAUAUAAAAAUAAUAAUGAACACAUAAAAAAUUUAAUUGAAAAUACACGUAUACAUCUAAUGCCAUCAAUGAAUCCUGAUGGUUGGGAAGCUGCUGUAAAACAUGAAUGGAAUCACACAAAACCUAAUCAAUUCAAAGAUAUUUCAACAAUGUUAAAAGAAUCUGGCGUAAUAAAUUGGGUUACUGGUCGAUCAAAUGCGAAUAAUGUUGAUUUAAAUCGAAAUUUUCCUAAUUUAGAUGAAUUUAUUUAUAAAUAUAAUCAUUAUGUUCAUCAUAGAAAUAAUCAUCUUGACAUGGAAACAUUUAUUGAAUUAACAUCAGAAAAUGAUUGUCAAAAUAAUCCGUAUCAAAUCGAAACAAUAACAGUUGCUUUUUGGAUCAUGCAAAAUCCAUUUGUAUUAUCAGCUAAUUUACAUAAUGGUGAUCUUGUUAUUAUUUAUCCAUAUGACGAUUCAGAAAAUCAUCGUCAAAUGUAUUCACCAUCACCUGAUGAUCCAUUGUUUCAACAAUUAGCAAAAUCAUAUUCAUAUACUCAUAAAAAAAUGCAAUCACAGGAAAAACCUUGUACUACAGAUAUUUUUUCUGAAGGAAUUACAAAUGGUGCAGGAUGGUAUGUAGUAUGUGGUGGAAUGCAGGAUUUCAAUUAUUUAGCAAGUAAUUGUUUUGAAUUAACAGUUGAACUUGGUUGUAAAAAAUUUCCACCUGGCAAAGAAUUAUUUUCACUUUGGAAUGAUAAUAAAAAAUCAUUAAUAAAUUUUAUGUGGCAGACUCAUUUGGGUAUUAAAGGACUGAUUCAAAAUGAAGAAGGUGAUAUGAUUUCUGAUGCAACUAUUAAAGUCAAUCGAUUAAUUAAUAAUAAGUGGGAAUAUAUCGAUCAUGACGUUACAUCAAAUAUAGGAGGUGAUUAUUAUCGUCUACUUAUUGAUGGAACCUAUGCAGUUCAAGUUAUAAGUCCAGGUUAUGAAACACAAACUCGAUAUGUUCAAGUUCAUAAUAAACCAAAUCAAAAUAGUGCAAAACGUCUUGAUUUUAUUCUUCAAAGGGCAUCAAUUAAACGAGUUAAUCUUCGACGAAUGCUUAGAAAAUUUUUUGAUACGGUUAGAAGUUCUUUUUUUCUUCUUUAUCUUUAA